CUUUUAUUUGUUUUUUCCUUUUUUUGUCGCAUUUAACUUAGUAUUUUUACAGUGUCGUUUUAAGUUACUUAUACACGUACAACUUACCAUUGCACAAUAUUAUGGUAAAAAUAUUUGUUGGACGUCUCCCCGAAGACGUAAAAAAGAGUGAAUUGGAAGAAUUGUUUAAAGCAUAUGGAGAAAUAACAGACUGUUCAAUAUUAAAAAACUAUGGCUUUGUUCACAUGGCCGAUCUGAAUGAUGCUAAAAAAGCAAUUGCAGGACUUGAUAAAACAGAUUUAAAAGGAAACUCAAUCAACGUAGAACUUUCAACAACAAAAGUGCAAAAAGCGAGCAAGAUAUUUGUUGGCAAUCUACCACCAGAAACCAAAUCUGCUGACAUUCAUAAACUUUUCAAGAAAUACGGAACUGUAAUAGAGUGUGAUGUUGUUAAAAACUAUGCAUUUGUUCAUAUGGGAAGGGAAAAUAUGGCCAGAGAUGCAAUAAAUGGUCUUAACAACACAGAGUUUAAUGGAAACAAGAUUGGUGUUCAAAUGGCACGCUCUCAAAGAAAUCUUGAUAUGCAUGGGGGUUAGUGCUACAUGUUAUGUUCAUAGACUUGUGUUUAAUUAGAAUAAAACUGUAUCACUGCCGGCUAAUUUUGAUUUUUUAUAUGUUAUUUAAUAUUUAUAAAUGUACAAUCUGUUUCUGUUUGGUAAAGAAUGAUGUUAAGUUAGG